GACAAGUUGCCAAGUGGCUACCGUGAACGGCAUGUUUUUGCAGAGAGGAAAUAAGAAGAAGAAUGUUAUUUAAUUGUAGCUUUCGUUCAUUUCCUUUACAAUUGAAGAGUAUUUUUUUAAAUAAACCAGUUUUAAAUUGCUUUUAUCUGCAAAAACAAUGUUCAGAUGUAAACCAGUGAAGGGGCAAGCAAAAUAGUGCCGAUUAACACUGUUGAACGAGCGCCGCAACUAGCUUUUAUAAUAUUCGCUGUAAAUGUUUGUGAGUAAACUAUUUUUCUUCCACUAGACCUGGCAUGCGUGAAAUCAGAUUACACGCGCAUGUACAUUGAUAAUCCAAAUAUAUUGUGAGAUUCCAGCAAGUAACAAGUAUUCAAUACUAGCUGGCGUAACACAAAUUAUUGCUACUGAAUGGGUAACUUCGCUCCGGGUAUGCUGUGUGAUUCAGUACUCUUGCGGAGCUCAACCCUCACGGUUUAGAUUUUAUAACUGAACAAAUUCAACUUUUUACAUUAUUUACACAAUUAAGUGCGAGUAAAGUGCAGUAUAAUAACGAGCGCGGAAAUGCCAGCGAAUCAAGUAAAUCCAGAUCUACAAAAGGAACGUGAUAAGGCAUCCUUUAAUACGCAAGAAUUCACCGACUGGUGGGUUGGUGGCAAGGACAAGUAUGCGGCUAAAAAGAAAUUGGAGAAAUUGUUCUUGGACGACCCCGAACUGCAAGACGAUUUGCCCAUUUCACAUAUGUCACCUACAGAACUCUACGAGCACAGUGUACGCAAAGCAGUAAUAAUUGCUAGAAAGCUGCGCGAAUUACGCGCGGAAGGCGAGGAUGAUAUGGAUACCUACACUGCACUCUUUGGCGGUGCGCUAGGCUCUGCGCUCAUCAAAGAAGGCAAUCCAAUGGUGUUGCAUUUUGUGAUGUUCGUACCCACAAUAAUGGGUCAAGGUACGGUUGAACAACAAAUUGAAUGGCUAGGUAAAGCUUGGGAUUGUAAUAUACUCGGCACAUAUGCGCAGACUGAACUGGGGCAUGGCACAUUCUUGCGUGGGUUAGAAACACGCGCUGACUACGAUGCUAGCACGCAGGAGUUUGUGUUAAAUACGCCCACAAUCAGUGCGUACAAGUGGUGGCCAGGUGGCAUGGGUCACACGGCAAAUCAUGCCAUAGUUGUUGCACAGCUCUACACCAAAGGCGAAUUUCGUGGGCUAGCGCCCUUCAUUGUACAGCUGCGUGACUUGGAGACACAUAUGCCGCUGCCUGGGAUAGACGUAGGAGAUAUUGGCCCAAAAAUCGGCAUGAAGUCGGUCAAUAAUGGCUAUCUAGGACUGAAGAACGUACGCAUACCUCUAAAUUAUAUGCUGAUGAAGAACCAGCAAGUAUUGCCUGAUGGUACUUAUGUAGCGCCAAAAAAUAGUGUGCUCACAUAUGGUACCAUGAUGUUUGUGCGCUGCGCACUGAUACGUGAUCUGUCGCAAACGCUGGCGAAGGCGUCUACCAUAGCGAUGCGCUACUCGGCUGUGCGGCGACAAAGCCCCAUUGAUCCAAAUGAGCCUGAGCCGCAAAUUAUCGAACACACGACGCAACAAUUAAAAGUUUUUCCACAGAUCGCAAAGGCAAUCGUCUUCAAAACAACUGGUGAGCACAUUUGGAAUAUGUUUAAUAAUGUACAGGGCGAAUUGGAACAAGGCAAUAUGGAUCGACUGCCGGAAAUGCAUGCGCUCUCUUGCUGUCUGAAAGCCAUCACCAGUGCAGACUCAGCGGCGGCGGUUGAAGUAUGCCGCCUCUCAUGCGGUGGUCAUGGUUAUAUGGAUUGCUCCAAUUUUCCCACGAUAUACGGCAUGACAACUGCUGUGUGUACAUAUGAGGGCGAGAAUACGGUGAUGUUGCUGCAGACAGCGCGUUAUCUGGUUAAAGUAUAUGGGCAAGCGUUGAAUGGCGAGCCAUUGGUGCCGACGAUGGAAUACUUAAGAGAGUCUAUUAAAACAAAGAACUUCUCAAAUUUCGAUUGUUCGUUGGAGAAGAUUGUGAGCGCCUUCCAAUUCGUGGCAGCGAACAAAGCUCGCAUCGCUUACGAACGCAUGGAGAAGUAUCGUAAACAAGGCCAUGAGCCGGAAGCGGCAGCGAAUAUGACUGGCAUUGAGCUAACGCAAGCGGCGGAUCUGCAUGGUCGUGCCUUCAUUGCACAAUCAGCAUACAUCGUUUUAAGUCAGCUCAUACGCGAAGUCUCAACCGAGCUAGGCGCUGUAUUGCAAACUAUCUUGGAACUGUAUUUGUUAGAUGCUUGCUUGGGUCGUCUGGGCGACUUUUUGAGGUUCAUCAACCUAACUGAUGCCGAUGUCGGCAAAUUGGAGCUACAUCUGCAGGAGUGUCUCAAACGCUUACGUCCAAAUGCUGUAGCUUUGGUUGACAGUUUUGAUGUGCACGAUCGUGUGCUGGAUUCGGCAUUGGGCGCCGCGGAUGGUCGCGUUUAUGAGCGUAUUUUCGAAUCAGCCAAGAAAAAUCCACUGAACCAAGAACCGGUGAAUAAAACAUUCCAUCAAUAUUUGAAGCCAUUCAUGAAAGCCAAUUUGUAGGGAUAUAAAAACACAUACAUAUAUACAUUCAUAUGAGCAAGCAUAUUUACAUACAUAAAUAUUAUGUAUACGCAUUCCUUGGAGCAUUGUAAAUAUUUUUUUUUUAAUUACUGCAAAAAAUUUAGGUGCCUUAAAUUUUUUAUUAAUUUUAAAUAUUGUAUUAUCGACAGCAUUGUUAUUUUUUAGC